CGGAUGGCGUCUGGAGGUUGAUGGCGAGUGGUGCUGAAGGGACAGCUCCAGCCGUGGCUGAUUGGGGGAGAAACAAAAUCUGCAGAUGGAAUCGGAGCAGGGCGACUUCACCUUCAAGUGGUGAGCUCUCCUGACCUCCGGCCAGUCUCCACUCCAUUCACGGCCAGCCGAUCUGCCCGCUCCCGGUGGGGUCGGGCAGUGCCGGCUGGACCCGCCCCGAGCUCCAUGGUUUGCCCAACCCUGCGCGAUGGUGACUCUGGGCGCGGAGGUUGGCGACUGGCAAAUCCGCAGAUCACAGGAUGAAGGCGGGGAGCGCGGCCGGCGGCCGGCGGGGGCUUUCUCCCCCACCCCAGCGCCCAGGGAAGCGGCUUAACCACCUGAAUCCGGAAGACGCCAACAAGUAGUUUCUCGUCGGAGAAGGGCGGCUCAGCUGGGAGCCAAGACUCAGUCCCGCUGCCCAGAGAACCUCGUCCACUCGGAAACCAAAGCAGAACCACUUUUCUCUCGGUCUCGUUAAGUCAUGUCUGAGUCACAGAGAUGGGCAAGAUCGAGAACAACGAGAGGGUGAUCCUCAAUGUCGGGGGCACCCGGCACGAGACCUACCGCAGCACCCUCAAGACCCUGCCUGGAACACGCCUGGCCCUUCUUGCCUCCUCCGAGCCCCCAGGCGACUGCUUGACCACGGCGGGCGACAAGCUGCAGCCGUCGCCGCCUCCACUGUCGCCGCCGCCGAGAGCGCCCCCGCUGUCCCCCGGGCCAGGCGGCUGCUUCGAGGGCGGCGCGGGCAACUGCAGUUCCCGCGGCGGCAGGGCCAGCGACCAUCCCGGGGGCGGCCGCGAGUUCUUCUUCGACCGGCACCCGGGCGUCUUCGCCUAUGUGCUCAACUACUACCGCACCGGCAAGCUGCACUGCCCUGCAGACGUGUGCGGGCCGCUCUUCGAGGAAGAGCUGGCCUUCUGGGGCAUCGACGAGACCGACGUGGAGCCCUGCUGCUGGAUGACCUACCGGCAGCACCGCGACGCCGAGGAGGCGCUGGACAUCUUCGAGACCCCCGACCUCAUUGGCGGCGACCCCGGCGACGACGAGGACCUGGCAGCCAAGAGGCUGGGCAUCGAGGACGCGGCGGGGCUCGGGGGUCCCGACGGCAAGUCUGGCCGCUGGAGGAGGCUGCAGCCCCGCAUGUGGGCCCUCUUCGAAGACCCCUACUCGUCCAGAGCCGCCAGGUUUAUUGCUUUUGCUUCUUUAUUCUUCAUCCUGGUUUCAAUUACAACUUUUUGCCUGGAAACACAUGAAGCUUUCAAUAUUGUUAAAAACAAGACAGAACCAGUCAUCAAUGGCACAAGUGUUGUUCUACAGUAUGAAAUUGAAACAGAUCCUGCCUUGACGUAUGUAGAAGGAGUGUGUGUGGUGUGGUUUACUUUUGAAUUUUUAGUCCGUAUUGUUUUUUCACCCAAUAAACUUGAAUUCAUCAAAAAUCUCUUGAAUAUCAUUGACUUUGUGGCCAUCCUACCUUUCUACUUAGAGGUGGGACUCAGUGGGCUGUCAUCCAAAGCUGCUAAAGAUGUACUUGGCUUCCUCAGGGUGGUAAGGUUUGUGAGGAUCCUGAGAAUUUUCAAGCUCACCCGCCAUUUUGUAGGUCUGAGGGUGCUUGGACAUACUCUUCGAGCUAGUACUAAUGAAUUUUUGCUGCUGAUAAUUUUCCUGGCUCUAGGAGUUUUGAUAUUUGCUACCAUGAUCUACUAUGCCGAGAGAGUGGGAGCUCAACCUAACGAUCCUUCAGCUAGUGAGCACACACAGUUCAAAAACAUUCCCAUUGGGUUCUGGUGGGCUGUAGUGACCAUGACUACCCUGGGUUAUGGGGAUAUGUACCCCCAAACAUGGUCAGGCAUGCUGGUGGGAGCCCUGUGUGCUCUGGCUGGAGUGCUGACAAUAGCUAUGCCAGUGCCUGUCAUUGUCAACAAUUUUGGAAUGUACUACUCCUUGGCAAUGGCAAAGCAGAAACUUCCAAGGAAAAGAAAGAAGCACAUCCCUCCUGCUCCUCAGGCAAGCUCACCUACUUUUUGCAAGACAGAAUUAAAUAUGGCCUGCAAUAGUACACAGAGUGACACAUGUCUGGGCAAAGACAAUCGACUUCUGGAACAUAACAGAUCAGUGUUAUCAGGUGACGACAGUACAGGAAGUGAGCCGCCACUAUCACCCCCAGAAAGGCUCCCCAUCAGACGCUCUAGUACCAGAGACAAAAACAGAAGAGGGGAAACAUGUUUCCUACUGACGACAGGUGAUUACACGUGUGCUUCUGAUGGAGGGAUCAGGAAAGGAUAUGAAAAAUCCCGAAGCUUAAACAACAUAGCGGGCUUGGCAGGCAAUGCUCUGAGGCUCUCUCCAGUAACAUCACCCUACAACUCUCCUUGUCCUCUGAGGCGCUCUCGAUCUCCCAUCCCAUCUAUCUUGUAAACCAAACAACCAAACUGCAUCAGUCGGCUAAAUUGUAUUAAUUCAAGUGCUGUUUACCCCAUAAUGAAAAUAAUUAAAUGUAGAGUUACUCCAGGCUCCAUUAAUACAGUAUAAAUCUUGCAUGAUACUACAAUUUGAAGUCAGAAAUGCCACUUGGGUAGCUAAUGAAUCUUACCCAGGCUUUAAAGAUUGUCUAAAGUAGUGCUAAGAUUUCUCCUAUUAAUUGCCCUGAUCUCCUUUUGCAAUAAAAUGACAGAUAGUGUCAGAUAUUGACCAGUGCACUAAUAUAUAAACAUAUCUUCAGGGAGAUAUAUUUAAAACAGUGUGCUUCCAAAUGCCAACCACUUCAUUGGAACUUUAUUUCUUGUGACUGUAAACCAUUUUGAAGAUGUCUGGGAUCCUAUCUUGAUUGCACACAACAUGACUUGUGUCAGCUCAUUUGCAUAGACCAUCUUGUCUCUAUCACCUGAAAGCAAUGUUGCUGAGUUCGGGGACGGUGGAUAGCUCAGGAUAUGUGUACUUGCAUCGAACCAUCCUGCUGAUAUGAAAGCAUUGUUCGACUGUUCUGCAUGUUGAAUUGUGGGGCAGGGUGGGCACUUUUCUCCUUGACAUUUUUUUCUUAUGAUUUGAAAGAAAUAUAUGUUUUAAAUAGUUUAAUUUCUUGAUUGAUUUACUUUUCUUCAAAAAUGCUGUAUUGGAGUUCUGAAUGUCUCUGGUUGUUUGCACACAGAUAACUGCAAAGAGGUUGUCAUUACUGGUUACACGCAAGCCGAGGCCAGAUCUCUUACUUAAUGACUUGGGGAAGGCACAAAACAUGAGAGAAAGGUAACUGCCAGCCAGGCUUGCAUUGUUUAGCCAGAAAUUGCUGCUUGGUUCUAGACUCUUUUUUUUUUUUUAAAAAAAAAAAAAACAAAAAACCCAGGGUUUGUCAUCAUUUUCAGAGGCAGAGUGCCAAAUAUCACCCAAAGCUCUCGUGUCUUUUUUUACCCGCUUAUUUUAUUUUUAUUUAUUAAUUUUUGUGCAAACAUCAAAUGUCACUGGUGUUCACAGAAGGCUUUUUUGACUAGCCUUAAAUUCCUGAAUCAAAAGAUUAAUCAGAUUUUCAGGCAGUGUUUAAUCAGGUGCUUUGUCCUGUAUGUUGUUCUUGUCUGUCUGUCUUAGCGCCCUGUCUUUCCUGUAUAUGCCAUCUGUCUCCAUGAAGCACAGAAAUGCCUCUGUAAGAUGUUUAUGAUUUUAAUAUUGACUCCCUCCAACCCCGACUCCAUACCAUUUUUUGCUAUUUGGAGCAGCCUCUCUGCUUUGUGUAUAAAUUAAUGAUGCCCUGUAGACUACCUAAGUUAAUCGGCACUGUGAAUCUUUUUGAUAAGCAGGGUUUAAGCAGCAAUUUCACCAUUGCACUUGGUUGCCUGCUGCAGUGUCAGUUUCUACUACCUAGCAACCAGCAUUCAUUACUACACUCCAACAAAAUCCUUAGGGAGUCACAUUCAGUCUGAGUGGAAGAAAGUCUAUUUAUGCAUUCCUAUGAAUUCAACAGCAAUAGUGUGUCUCAUGUAUUGAGCAUGUGAGGGAAGAAAAAGGCCGUAAAAUAAAUAGAGGGAUAAAUAAUAUUACUAAGGCAUUUGGGAUCCUUGAGACUGCUGAUUAAUUCCUAUUUCUCAUGUUUAUUUUUUGUUAGGAAGACAAUUGUCACUUUUAUUAUUGGCCACGAAACAUGUAUUACUCUAUAUCCCCAAGUCCUAGAGCAUGACCUGCAUGUUGGAGAUGUUGUACAGCAAUGUAUUUAUCCAGACAUACAUAUAUGAUAUUUAGAGACACAGUGAUUAUUUUGAUAACACCACACAUAGAACAUUAUAAUUACACACAAAUUUAUGGUAAAAGAAUUAAUAUGCUGUCUGGUGCUGCUGUUAUUGACUACAGUGUUAUACAGAAUUUAUCAUGGAUUAUUGACUGCUGAGAAAGGGACAGUGGAAUUUAGCCAUACCAAGGACUAUACUGGAAACAGACUUCUGCUGCUGAAUGUGCCCUGAUGUGACCAGGUUGCAUUUGGAAGAGAUCCUCGCGUCUUCAUGAGGCACUUAAAGCUUAUAAAAGAACUGUAGCUGGAACUCAUCUGGUGCUCCCCAUGCGAGUGCUCUGCUUGUAGACUGGCCAGUGUCCAUGAAACAACUGUAAAUACCAACAUGUGUGCAUGGGUCAACAGUCUUGGCCAUUUCUCAUCAAAAGAAGCCAAAUUCAUGAUCAACAUCUCUGAAGUUUCAAGUAAGGCCCACACUUCUUUGAAUUACUCUUCAUGGGCCCACAUUAGGUUGUGCUGUGAAUUACUUAAGGCAGUGAUACUGAUGUAGUAUAGUUCUGUCUUAAUUUCCCUUAUUUCUACUUUGUUGGUUGAAUCUAUGAACUUGAUUGUAUAAUUUUCUUAUAAAUUACUGAUGUAAUCAGCUUGUCAAUUAUGUUGUGAAAUUGUUAGUAUUCAUUUAUCAAAAAUGACCUGUGUUUAGUCACAUAUUUGUUUAGUUCUGGGAAAUUGUUACAGCUUAAAUGAAACUCACCAACAUUAUUCAUAGUUUAAGUCUUUUAUCAUUAUUACCUCAAUUAUAAAUAUUACAAAAACAUAAUUCUGGCAAUGAGAGUAUUUUUUUAUUCAAUGAUCAAGGAGCAAUGUCAGUAUAUAGUAGAAUAUCAAAUUAUAUCCUAAAAUGUAUAUUUUGCAUAAAAGAGAUAUUCUUUAAUCAAUUACUUUUUUGUGAGUUUUGUGGCAAAUGAAGCUUGUACGUGUCUUUAAAACUGUUGUAGAUGAAACUGUAUAAGAUUUUUACAUCUUGCUUAAUCAAUAUUUCCAGCGUCUAUUAGUUCCCCUGGGAUUCUGAAUAUAACAUAUAGCCUAUUAUAAACCCCUGUAUCGUGGACCUUUUGUGAACAUUUCAAGGCGCAUGCACAACCUUGAUGAUAACCAGUGGAAAUGUAACUAACUGAAAUGAAGAAUAAAAGGCAAAUGAGCUGGGGAUAAACUUGAAUGUUAUCUGAUUAAAUUACUCA